CGUCCGUCUACAGGGAUGACACUCAACGCACACUCCAAUGUCUCCUGCAUCCACUUUAGCUUCGAUGUCCACUUUCCCUGCAGCGACAUGACGACGUGCAGUCGAAAGCGACGCUCUGAACUGGUGACUCGGGCCAUGCCAGCCCCGCUUUGUUUAUUUAUCUUUAUUUUUAAGGUCAACGCACUGGCCCCGCCUGGAGACGCUCAGCAGAAGUAGAGUAUAGGGCUUCAGGUGGACCGAGCUGCUGCCAUGUCGCUGCUGUGUGUCCGAGUGAAGAAAGCCAAUCUCCAUGGCCCUCCAGAUAAAUUCAAUGCUUACGUUACCUUAAAGGUGCAGAAGGUCAAAAGCACCACCAUCACGGUCCGGGGAAAUUUGCCAUGUUGGGAGCAGGACUUCAUGUUUGAGAUCAGUCAUCUAGAUUCAAGCUUGGUGGUGGAACUGUGGAAUAAAGGUCUUAUCUGGGAUACUAUGAUUGGAACAACACUCAUCACCCUGGACAGCAUCCCCCAAUCUAACAAGGAGGGCUCAGGGCACUGGCUGCAACUGGACUCUGAGCUCCUGAUGAGCGAGGAGGAGAUCUGUGGAACCAGCACCCCCACCCCCCACCAAGUCCUGCUGGACACACGCUUUGAGCUUCCCUUUGAUAUACCAGAAGACGAAGCCCAAUACUGGACGCGCAAACUGGAUCGGAUUAACUCCAUUCACAUCCAUGGACAGGAGGAGAUCCAGAGAAUUAUGCCUUCCGUCCCCUCUCAGUGUUGUAGUUGGAGUUACUUCAGCCGAAACGAAAGCACGUUGGAUGACCAGGACAGUGUAGUGGAUGACCGAGGUGGUUACUACCGCAAUGAGAUGGCUACAAGACCCCCACGCUACCACAACACACCCCAGAACAACUCCUCCGCACACCAGUAUCCCAUCGGCAGGCCUCCCCAAUACUCCCUGUCCAGAGAGUCCCUCCAGAGAUUUGAGCUGGAUGAAAGGGAAGCUAGGGCAAGCAGGUAAAUGUGGGACAUACAUACUUUCUUACAUGCAUACAUUCCUGUGUAUAUACAUGGGUACAUAUGUAAACAUGUAUGCGCCUACAUUUAUUUGUACA